AUGGCAUUCUGCUUCACUUUCGGCUGUCCUACCAAGGUCAAGCAGGAAAGCGAACCUGGCUUACAAUGGAUGUGCCCCAACUGUCAUAACCCGAGCGUCGUCCAAGCCAAGAGUUCGGAUUGGUUCGAAUUCUGCUUCGUCCCGCUCUUUCCCUACCACCGGAGCCACAUUUGGAUGUGCAACAUUUGUCGAUUUCAGCAACCGCAAGGAAAUGGCUGGGAACCUCAGAGAGCCCCAGAAGGUUACCAACGUCCCGGCCAGUUUCAGCAACCCGGAGCCGGGUAUCCACCGCAACAAGGAAUGAUGAUGGGUCCUGGUGGAGGCCAUCCUCAAGGAGGACCGCCGCCUCAAGGAUAUCCUAUGAAGCAUUGA